GAGGGCGGUAGGAGCAGACUUCAGACCGGUUUCUCACCGAUACUGAGGACGCCGGCCCGGAGAACUGCCGGUAUCUGUGUGUGCUAAAGAAGAACCCCGGAUUGUCACGUUAGCCCAGCGGGACGACGAACCGAGCCGCUGACACCGUCAAUAUUCCUGUCAGUGUCGCGUUGCCGGUCGGCUGCUGGCUGUCGGCGGCUAAAGCUAACCGGAGCCGUUAGCUUCUCCUCCGCCGCCGCCGCCGCCGCGAAAACUCCUCCAACUUCGAGCCCAAACUGCCGCAAACACCGUCAACACGCCGAAGAACCGCGUUUUUUGUCCGGUUCCAGCAGGAAGAGCGAACGAGGACGGACGCGGGGAUAUUCGGUUGAACUUCUGAGCUGUCAGUUUCGGUGAGGCAGCUCUCGGAGGGGAGGAGGGAGGGAGACGGAGGACUUCCAGCCCGGAGGGGGGAACCCCAAGCGGCCGGGUCCACAUCACCGAGCCCCGCCGGGGGGAGAGGAGAGCGGCGGUGACAGCAUCGACCAAUACGGUGCCGGUUCAUCCGGACAGAGACCUCAUGAAUGGAAAUCGGAACAACAGGAGCAGCUGAAGCCCAGGCCUUGUUUUCAUUGCCACGGCGACCCGACUAUGGCACCCUCGGGAAGCCCAUCAAGCUUCUGGCCAACUGCUUCCAGGUGGAAAUCCCCCAGAUCGACGUCUACCUGUACGAGGUGGACAUCAAGCCGGACAAAUGUCCACGACGGGUCAACAGGGAGGUGGUGGACUCCAUGGUGCAGCAUUUCAAGGUGACCAUCUUCGGUGACCGACUGCCGGUUUAUGAUGGGAAGAGAAGCCUCUACACUGCCAGCCCACUGCCCGUCGCCACCUCUGGGGUUGAUCUGGACGUCACCCUGCCAGGCGAAGGUGGGAAGGACCGACCGUUUAAAGUCUCCAUCAGAUUCGUGUCGCUGGUCAGCUGGCACAUGCUGCACGAAGUCCUGACGGGACGAUCCGUCGCUGAGCCGGUGGACCUGGAGAAACCGGUCAGCACCAACCCGGUCCACGCCGUAGACGUUGUCCUUCGACAUCUGCCCUCCAUGAAGUACACUCCUGUUGGACGAUCCUUCUUCUCCUCCCCGGAGGGCUAUGACCACCCGCUGGGCGGAGGGAGGGAGGUUUGGUUCGGCUUCCAUCAGUCGGUCCGGCCGGCCAUGUGGAAGAUGAUGCUCAACAUCGAUGUGUCAGCCACAGCGUUCUACAAGGCCCAGCCCGUCAUCCAGUUCAUGUGCGAGGUCCUGGACAUCCACAACAUCGACGAGCAGCCGCGACCUCUCACCGACUCGCACAGAGUCAAAUUCACCAAAGAGAUCAAAGGUCUUAAAGUGGAAGUGACACACUGUGGAACCAUGCGUAGGAAGUACAGAGUCUGCAACGUAACUCGGCGGCCCGCCAGCCUCCAGACGUUUCCGUUGCAGCUCGAGAACGGCCAGACAGUGGAGCGAACCGUGGCGCAGUACUUCAGGGAGAAGUACAGCCUGCAGCUCAAGUACCCCCACCUGCCCUGUCUGCAGGUGGGGCAGGAACAGAAGCACACCUACCUGCCACUGGAGGUGUGUAAUAUAGUUGCUGGGCAGCGCUGCAUCAAGAAACUAACCGACAACCAGACGUCCACCAUGAUCAAAGCGACGGCCCGCUCCGCUCCGGACAGACAGGAGGAGAUCAGCCGGCUGGUGCGGAGCGCCAACUACGAGGCCGACCCGUUCGUCCAGGAGUUCCAGUUCCGGGUGCGAGACGAGAUGGCUCAGGUGACGGGCCGAGUCCUGCCGGCCCCCAUGCUGCAGUAUGGCGGCAGGGUGAGCGCUGAGCCCUUCAUGAACCGCACGGUGGCCACGCCGAGCCACGGCGUCUGGGACAUGAGGGGGAAGCAGUUCCACACCGGUGUGGAGAUCAAGAUGUGGGCCAUCGCCUGCUUCGCCACCCAGAGGCAGUGCAGGGAGGAGAUCCUCAAGAACUUCACCGACCAGCUGCGUAAGAUCUCCAAGGACGCCGGGAUGCCGAUCCAAGGCCAGCCGUGUUUCUGUAAAUACGCCCAGGGAGCCGACAGCGUGGAGCCCAUGUUCAGACACCUGAAGAACACCUACGCCGGGCUGCAGCUCAUCAUCGUCAUCCUGCCGGGAAAAACGCCCGUCUACGCUGAGGUGAAGCGUGUCGGGGACACGCUGCUCGGCAUGGCCACCCAGUGCGUCCAGGUGAAGAACGUGGUGAAGACGUCGCCACAGACGCUGUCCAACCUCUGCCUCAAGAUCAACGUCAAGCUGGGAGGCAUCAACAACAUCCUGGUUCCUCACCAACGACCUACUGUGUUCAAGCAGCCGGUCAUCUUCCUCGGCGCUGAUGUCACUCAUCCUCCGGCCGGAGAUGGGAAAAAGCCAUCGAUUGCAGCGGUGGUCGGCAGCAUGGACGCCCACCCCAGCAGGUACUGUGCCACGGUUCGGGUCCAGAGGCCCAGACAGGAGAUCAUCCAGGACUUGGCCUCGAUGGUUCGAGAGCUCCUGAUCCAGUUCUACAAGUCGACCUGCUACAAGCCGACCAGGAUCAUUUUCUACAGGGACGGAGUGUCGGAGGGCCAGUUCAGACAGGUGCUGUACUACGAGCUGCUGGCCAUCAGGGAGGCCUGCAUCAGCCUGGAGAAGGAGUACCAGCCGGGGAUCACCUACAUCGUCGUGCAGAAACGCCAUCACACUCGCCUCUUCUGCGCAGAUCGCAACGAGCGGGUUGGAAGAAGUGGAAACAUUCCUGCUGGCACCACAGUGGACACGGACAUCACCCAUCCCUACGAGUUUGACUUUUACCUCUGCAGUCACGCCGGGAUCCAGGGAACGAGCCGACCGUCGCACUACCACGUUCUCUGGGACGACAACUGCUUCACGGCCGACGAGUUCCAGCUGCUCACCUACCAGCUGUGCCACACCUACGUCCGCUGCACGCGCUCCGUCUCCAUCCCGGCGCCGGCCUACUACGCCCACCUGGUGGCCUUCAGGGCCCGCUACCACCUGGUGGACAAGGAGCACGACAGUGCGGAGGGCAGCCACGUCUCUGGCCAGAGCAACGGCAGGGACCCCCAGGCCUUGGCCAAGGCCGUCCAGAUCCACCACGACACUCUGAGGACCAUGUACUUCGCAUGAACGCCGCCUCCAGAGCGACUCGACGCUCCGGCCGGACGUCGGCGAGGAGCGCGGCCACGUUAUGCAACUCGAAACCAGCCAACUGUCUCCGUUAAAGCUCCCUCCUUCCUGCAUUUGACAGAAACGUUUAUGUCUCUGGGUUUGAAGAACGUCGGAGCAGCCGGCGACGUAGAAACUGACGAUUUUUUUCCAGCGAGGACCCGACCUGCUCCUCACGUUGAGUCUCACGUCAGUCACACGUUUGUUUGUGUGUGUGUGUUUUUUUUUUUAUUUCCUUCGGUCUUCUAGAUCCUAUAUGUGUCGGCUGCCUUAGCAGUUACUCCUCCGUCUCCCUUUAAGCCUCACGGUCCGUCAGCCAGACAGUCAGAAUCGUAACUCUGCACAACACGGAUGCUGAACGACAUCUUUUAAAGCCACGUACAGCCGUUCUCUGAGGCCUUACAGCGACUGUUAGACAACAACGCCAUGGACUCUCAGCCCGGUGCAGAGCGUUGAAACGUCUCUUGUUCCUCGUGAGUUUUUAUUUCCAACUCGAAUCAAUGUUCAGUCCCGGCAGCAGAGCGGAUGCUUUGCUUUCUUUCUACCGAUUCGAGCGGUGCAAUAAGUCAUGAGCGAGUUUGGGCAAGUUGACGUCGGAUUCAGGAAUGUUAAUGAAGGAGGCGACGGUGUUUUGAAGAGAUUAAACAAAGUGCCUGAUCUGGUCAGAGGGCUGGAGGGUUUUUGAAAUCGCACGUCUGCUUUGGGAGUUUCUGUCGACGCGAAUCUGAAUCGCGGAAAACUGCAAAACCCGUUUUUAGUUGAUCUCACCGCCAGCCAAGAGAGUGUGUGUGAAGUUUCUCAAGUCAAACGUCUCGCUGAAUGCUCUCUAGUCUGAGUAAGAGACGCAGAAAACAGUUUGAAUUGUCAUAAAAUAAACAACUCCUUCUUUCCGCUGACACAAAAUCAGUGAUGCAUGUGUUUAAAGUUGCUGCUUUUGGGGUUUAUUCGCGUUUCUUGUCGUUCUUAAUGUGACUGUUCGUCUUGUCCGGACCUUUGAGCCUCAACUUUAAGUGAAACUGAAGCUGCGUCCACAAUAAAACGCUUCCUUCACGACUUCUGCUGCGUCUGCGCCGAGACUUUAGAAAUCCAGAGUUGUGUUUUUAGUUCAUUCAGACAAAAAUGCUUUUCACGAUGCGUUUGCAUUAUUUACUGCUGAUUCUUGGGACUUUUUUUUUUGGUAAGAAAACAAAAACGUCUGUUAGAGAUUCAUCCGACUUUGGAUCACAGCCGUCGUGGAUCUUGCGGCUUUUGUGCAGUGAAAUCUUGCUUUUCGCCGUUACUCUGGAGUAUUUUCUGCAGCUAAACUCACGUUUGCACCAGCAGCUGCCUUCCAGCGUAGACAUGCAAGGAGAUUCCUCAUGACGUGGUGCUAAAACGCAUCUUUUUUUGGUUUGAAACGGGAUCGGAUUCGCGUGGAUGUUGCUGAAGUUGCAAUUUAUGGGAUCACUGAGCCUGAAACAGCUCUUAUCUGAUAGAAAUGUCAAGAAAUUCAACAAGUUUUUCGAUCUCUACGUGAUUUCAGUUUAGUUUUUUAUAAACAGAUCAAAGUUAACAAUCCAGGUGAGAUCCAGACGCACUCUGCAGCUCCAGAUGUGAGUCCGUGAGCAGGCACUAGUGAAGCUUCAGACUGGACGCUCGGAUUUCGCGUCCGCUCGUUUGCACUCGACCAGUCGAAGCCUUCAGAUUUUCCAAGUCUUUAUCACUGACCAGCUUUUGUCUGUUUGAGGAGGUUUGAGUCGCCAAAACGUGUUACCUGUGAAAAAAGAACAAGCAGCAAUAGAGAGAAACAUCCGGCAUGUUUUUCCCCCGCAGACGACGGAGACGUGCUCUUAUUUUGGCGAGCCAGCAGCCUUAAAAACCCCAAAUACACAUUUAAUGAUUAUAUUUGAGUGGAAUCGACUCUGGUUUUGACAGUUUUUCUAGAGAUUCUUCUUGAAUUGAGGAAACUCUCUGGCGUUGGACAUUUUUCUUGCCCUCAGUCGCUGGUUUGGGGUUUAAUCUUUUGGACCAAACCAACGAGCUGAUAGAAGAAAGCGUUUCAUCGCCACAGAGAUGGUAAAGGAUUCUGCGGUUCGCUGCACUUGCAGACGAGGUUGUGGUUGCGUUGCAGCCGUAGGGUUUUGAGACGCGUGAGAGCGGCUCGUCUUCGCUGCGUCUUCACGUCACGUUCUACCAGCAUUCGGUUUUUACUUGAAGCUCGUUCAUGGAGGUGAAAUCGCUGCCACACCAGGAAAAAGAGAACAUGGAGGAUUCUGAAUGUGAUGUUUUAACACAAACGUGAACAAACUCCUAUAAACAAUAUUUUCUCUUCGGUUUCUUUUGGGAGAUAUUUCACAUUAUAAUGAAUCUUUUACACGAUUCUGCUGCUGAAGAGUCGAAUCCUUCAGUUCAGCUCAAACUUCAGUCAAUCAGGAGUUAGAGGUUUUUACAGUGAAGGUUUGCAGUUCUAGCGUUUAAACUUCUUGUUAUAACGUGAAUAUAUUUAAGUAAAACAUAAAUUCCUUGUUAUAGCAAGACUAUAUUUUCUUAUAAAACCUCUUGUUUUAUCAUUAAUAUAUCCUGUUGCAUCAAGAAUGUUUCUCACUAUGAGGUGAAAACAGCUGUGAUGAAAAUAUCCAGCUGUGAUGUGGUUUAUGGAAACAUCUGUAACAGCAUAAUUAUAUCUGGUUAUAAUGUGAAUAUAUCUCAUGAUGAAAUGCAUAUUUCUGGUUAAAACGUAAAAACACAUGCGGUUAUAAAAUGAUCUCAUCCUGUGAUGUUGUGACAAUAUGAAGUUCUGAUGUGAGGAUUUGUGGCUGUAACAUGAAAACAUCUUGUUAUGGCAUAAAAGCAUCUUUUUAUAAGGUGACAACAUCGAGUUAGAGCAUAAAAACCGCCUGUUUUCACUUAAAAA